AUGGCACAGAAGGGCCAACUCAGUGAUGAUGAGAAGUUCCUCUUUGUGGACAAAAACUUCAUCAACAGUCCAGUGGCCCAGGCUGAUUGGGCCGCCAAGAAGCUGGUCUGGGUCCCUUCAGAGAAGCAGGGCUUCGAGGCAGCCAGCAUCAAGGAGGAGAAGGGGGAUGAAGUGAUUGUGGAGUUGGUGGAGAAUGGCAAGAAGGUCACGGUCGGCAAGGAUGACAUCCAGAAGAUGAACCCACCCAAGUUCUCCAAGGUGGAGGACAUGGCAGAGCUGACCUGCCUCAAUGAAGCUUCUGUGUUACACAACCUGAGGGAGAGAUACUUCUCGGGACUCAUAUACACGUAUUCCGGCCUCUUCUGUGUGGUGGUCAACCCCUACAAGCAGCUGCCCAUCUACUCGGAAAAGAUCAUCGACAUGUACAAGGGAAAGAAGAGGCACGAGAUGCCCCCCCACAUCUACGCCAUUGCCGACACAGCCUACCGGAGCAUGCUGCAAGAUCGGGAGGAUCAGUCCAUUUUAUGCACAGGCGAGUCUGGAGCCGGGAAAACGGAAAACACCAAGAAAGUCAUUCAGUACCUGGCUGUGGUGGCCUCCUCCCACAAGGGCAAGAAGGACACCAGCAUCACGCAAGGUCCAUCUUUUGCCUACGGUGAGCUGGAAAAGCAACUUCUACAAGCAAACCCAAUUCUGGAAGCUUUUGGCAACGCCAAAACAGUCAAGAACGACAACUCCUCGCGAUUUGGCAAAUUCAUCCGCAUCAACUUCGACGUCACUGGUUACAUCGUGGGAGCCAACAUCGAGACCUACCUGCUAGAAAAGUCACGUGCGAUUCGCCAAGCCAGAGAUGAGCGGACAUUCCACAUCUUUUACUACAUGAUCGCUGGUGCCAAGGAGAAGAUGAAAAACGACUUGCUUUUGGAGGGCUUCAGCAACUACACCUUCCUCUCCAAUGGCUAUGUGCCCAUCCCAGCUGCCCAGGAUGACGACAUGUUCCAGGAAACCUUGGAGGCUAUGGCCAUCAUGGGCUUCAGUGAAGAGGAGCAAUUGUCCAUAUUGAGGGUGGUGUCAUCUGUCCUGCAGCUUGGAAAUAUUGUCUUCAAGAAGGAAAGAAACACAGACCAGGCAUCUAUGCCAGAUAACACAGCUGCUCAGAAAGUUUGCCACCUCAUGGGAAUUAAUGUGACAGACUUCACCAGAUCCAUCCUGACCCCACGUAUCAAAGUUGGGAGGGACGUGGUGCAGAAAGCUCAGACAAAAGAACAGGCUGACUUUGCUGUAGAGGCCUUGGCCAAGGCCACUUAUGAGCGUCUUUUCCGCUGGAUACUCACCCGUGUGAACAAAGCCCUGGACAAGACUCACCGGCAAGGGGCCUCGUUUCUGGGCAUCCUGGACAUUGCUGGAUUUGAAAUCUUUGAGGUGAACUCCUUCGAGCAACUCUGCAUCAACUACACCAAUGAGAAGCUGCAGCAGCUCUUCAACCAUACGAUGUUCAUCCUGGAACAGGAAGAGUACCAGCGUGAGGGCAUCGAGUGGAACUUCAUUGACUUUGGGCUGGACCUACAACCCUGCAUUGAACUCAUUGAGCGGCCGAACAACCCUCCAGGUGUGCUGGCCCUGCUGGAUGAGGAGUGCUGGUUCCCCAAAGCCACAGACAAGUCCUUUGUGGAGAAGCUGUGCACGGAGCAGGGCAACCACCCCAAGUUCCAGAAGCCCAAGCAGCUCAAAGACAAGACUGAGUUCUCCAUCAUCCACUAUGCUGGGAAGGUGGACUACAAUGCAAGUGCCUGGCUGACCAAGAACAUGGACCCACUGAAUGACAAUGUGACUUCACUCCUCAACGCCUCCUCAGACAAGUUUGUAGCUGACCUGUGGAAGGACGUGGACCGCAUCGUGGGGCUAGACCAGAUGGCCAAGAUGACAGAGAGCUCACUGCCCAGUGCCUCCAAGACCAAGAAAGGCAUGUUCCGUACAGUGGGACAGCUCUACAAGGAGCAGCUUGGGAAGCUGAUGACCACACUGCGCAACACCACACCCAACUUUGUGCGCUGCAUCAUCCCCAACCAUGAGAAGAGAUCCGGCAAGCUGGAUGCAUUUCUGGUACUGGAGCAAUUACGGUGCAAUGGGGUGCUGGAAGGCAUCCGGAUCUGUCGUCAGGGCUUCCCUAACAGGAUUGUCUUCCAGGAGUUCCGCCAACGCUAUGAGAUCCUGGCAGCGAAUGCCAUUCCAAAAGGCUUCAUGGAUGGGAAGCAGGCCUGCAUUCUCAUGAUCAAAGCCCUAGAACUCGAUCCCAACUUGUAUAGGAUUGGGCAGAGCAAAAUCUUUUUCCGAACUGGGGUUCUGGCCCACCUGGAAGAGGAGAGAGACUUGAAGAUCACGGAUGUCAUCAUGGCGUUCCAAGCGAUGUGUCGUGGCUACCUGGCCAGAAAGGCCUUUGCCAAACGGCAGCAACAGCUGACAGCCAUGAAGGUGAUCCAGAGGAACUGUGCCGCCUACCUCAAGCUGCGGAACUGGCAAUGGUGGAGACUCUUCACCAAAGUGAAGCCACUGCUGCAGGUGACACGGCAGGAGGAGGAGAUGCAGGCCAAGGAGGAUGAGUUGCAGAAGAUCAAGGAGCGGCAGCAGAAGACAGAAUGUGAGCUCAAGGAACUGGAGCAGAAGCACACACAGCUUGCUGAGGAGAAGAACCUGCUACAGGAGCAGCUGCAGGCAGAGACGGAGCUGUACGCAGAAGCUGAAGAGAUGCGGGUCCGACUGGCAGCCAAGAAGCAGGAGCUGGAGGAGAUCCUGCACGAGAUGGAGGCCCGCCUGGAGGAAGAGGAGGACCGGGGCCAGCAGCUACAGGCUGAAAAGAAGAAAAUGGCCCAGCAGAUGCUGGACCUGGAAGAACAGCUGGAGGAGGAAGAAGCUGCGAGGCAGAAGCUACAACUUGAGAAGGUCACAGCUGAGGCCAAGAUCAAGAAACUGGAGGAUGACAUCCUGGUCAUGGAUGACCAGAACAAUAAGCUGUCAAAAGAGCGAAAACUCCUUGAAGAGAGGGUUAGUGACUUAACCACAAAUCUCGCAGAAGAGGAAGAAAAAGCCAAGAACCUCACCAAGCUGAAAAACAAGCAUGAGUCUAUGAUUUCAGAACUGGAAGUGCGUCUAAAGAAGGAGGAGAAGAGCCGGCAGGAGCUGGAGAAGCUGAAGCGAAAGCUGGACGGCGAGGCCAGUGACUUACACGAGCAGAUCGCCGAGCUCCAGGCACAGAUCGCAGAGCUCAAAAUGCAGCUGGCCAAGAAGGAGGAAGAGUUGCAGGCGGCCCUGGCCAGGUAGCAAGGCUACGCUCAUGGAGACUGUUGUGUAUGUCUUAAAAUGGUCCCUGAUUUGCAGCUGAGGAUAUGUGAUUUCCAGAAAGGCUAGGUGACUCACCUAAGGUCACACAGCAUGUGAGGGCAGUGGUGGGGACUUCAGCUUGGGUUCCUGGUAGAGCUCAGCACUGUCUUUGCACACCUCUGUCUCCACCCAACUGCUUCCUCCGCACUCUCCCUGUCAAGGGCCAAGAGGGAGCAGGAGGUGACUGUGCUGAAAAAGGCUCUGGACGAGGAGACGCGGUCCCACGAGGCUCAGGUCCAGGAGAUGAGGCAGAAACACACACAGAUGGUGGAGGAACUCACCGAACAGCUUGAGCAGUUCAAGAGGGCCAAGGCGAACCUAGACAAGAACAAGCAGACCCUGGAGAAGGAGAAUGCAGAGCUGUCCAGUGAGCUGCGGGUCCUGAACCAGGCAAAGCAGGAGGUGGAGCACAAGAAGAAGAAGCUGGAGGUGCAGCUGCAGGAAUUGCAGUCCAAGUACAGCGAUGGGGAGCGGGCCCGUGCCGAGCUCAACGACAAGGUCCACAAGCUGCAGAAUGAAGUAGAGAGUGUCACCAUCAUGCUCAAUGAAGCAGAGGGGAAAGCCAUCAAAUUGACCAAGGAUGUGGCAUCCCUUGGAUCCCAGCUCCAGGAUACCCAGGAGCUGCUUCAAGAAGAAACCCGGCAGAAGCUCAAUGUGUCCACCAAGCUCCGCCAACUGGAGGAUGAGAGGAACAGCCUACAGGACCAGCUGGAUGAGGAGAUGGAGGCCAAGCAGACCCUGGAACGUCACGUAUCAACUCUGAAUAUACAGCUCUCCGAUUCAAAGAAGAAGCUGCAGGACUUUGCCAGCACUGUGGAAACAAUGGAAGAGGGCAAGAAGAGACUCCAGAAGGAAAUUGAAGGCCUCACCCAGCAGUAUGAAGAGAAGGCAGCCGCCUAUGACAAACUGGAAAAGACCAAGAACAGGCUUCAGCAGGAGCUGGAUGACCUGGUUGUUGAUUUGGACAACCAGCGGCAACUGGUGUCCAACCUGGAAAAGAAACAGAAGAAGUUUGAUCAGUUGUUAGCUGAGGAGAAAAACAUCUCUUCCAAAUACGCGGAUGAAAGGGACAGAGCUGAAGCAGAAGCCAGGGAAAAGGAAACCAAGGCCUUGUCUCUGGCUCGGGCUCUUGAAGAGGCCUUGGAAGCCAAAGAGGAACUCGAGAGGACCAACAAGAUGCUUAAAGCCGAGAUGGAAGAUCUCGUUAGCUCCAAGGAUGAUGUGGGCAAGAAUGUCCAUGAGCUGGAGAAGUCCAAGCGUGCACUGGAGACCCAGAUGGAGGAGAUGAAGACCCAGCUGGAGGAGCUGGAGGAUGAGCUGCAGGCAACAGAAGAUGCCAAGCUGCGGCUAGAGGUCAACAUGCAAGCACUCAAGGGCCAGUUUGAGAGAGAUCUCCAAGCCCGGGACGAGCAGAAUGAAGAAAAGAGGAGGCAGCUUCAGAGGCAGCUCCACGAGUAUGAGACAGAGCUGGAAGACGAGCGAAAGCAACGGGCACUUGCAGCUGCGGCCAAGAAGAAGCUGGAAGGGGACCUGAAAGACCUGGAGCUGCAGGCUGACUCGGCCAUCAAGGGAAGAGAGGAAGCGAUCAAGCAGCUUCGAAAACUGCAGGCACAGAUGAAGGACUUCCAGAGAGAGCUGGAAGAUGCCCGUGCAUCCAGAGAAGAGAUCUUUGCCACAGCCAAAGAGAAUGAGAAGAAAGCCAAAAGUUUAGAAGCCGACCUCAUGCAGCUCCAAGAGGAACUCGCCGCGGCUGAGCGGGCUCGCAAACAGGCAGACCUGGAGAAAGAGGAGCUGGCAGAGGAGCUGGCCAGCAGCGUAUCUGGAAGGAAUACACUUCAGGAUGAGAAGCGCCGCCUGGAGGCCCGGAUUGCCCAGCUGGAGGAGGAGUUGGAGGAGGAGCAAGGCAACUUGGAGGCCAUGAGUGACCGCUUCCGGAAAGCCACACAGCAGGCUGAGCAGCUUAAUAAUGAGUUGGCUACAGAGCGCAGCACAGCCCAAAAGAAUGAAAGCGCACGGCAGCAGCUUGAGCGGCAGAACAAGGAGCUCCGGAGCAAGCUCCAGGAGAUGGAGGGGGCAGUCAAGUCUAAGUUCAAGUCUACCAUCGCGGCACUGGAGGCCAAGAUUGCACAACUGGAGGAGCAAGUUGAGCAGGAGGCCAGAGAGAAACAGGCAGUUGCCAAGUCUCUGAAGCAGAAGGACAAGAAGCUGAAGGAGGCCCUGCUGCAGGUGGAGGAUGAGCGCAAGAUGGCGGAGCAGUACAAGGAGCAGGCAGAGAAAGGAAACACGAGGGUCAAGCAACUUAAGAGGCAGCUGGAGGAGGCAGAGGAGGAGUCCCAGCGCAUCAACGCCAACCGCAGGAAGCUGCAGCGGGAGCUGGAUGAGGCCACGGAGAGCAAUGAGGCCAUGGGCCGGGAGGUGAACGCACUCAAAAGCAAGCUCAGGCGAGGAAACGAGACCUCUUUUGUUCCACCUAGAAGGUCUGGAGGACGUAGAGUUAUUGAAAACGCUAAUGGUUCUGAGGAGGAAAUGGACGCUCGUGACGCUGAUUUCAAUGGAACCAAAGGCAGUGAAUAAGCAACCAACUAGUUUUGCACCUCAGCAGGAAAGAACAGAGACG